CCGCUGUUUUUUUCAUAACUUGUAUGAAUUUUAUUUGUAGUCAGUUAAAAACUUUACAGCACAAGAUAAAGAUUCUGGACACUACAAUGCAUAAACCUAAACGAGAUGUCACAAAUAACUUACGUUCUUUGAUCAUCGAUCACCAAACUAUUAUUGAAUAUACACAACAGUAUAAUUGCGAUGUUAAUAUAAUUUUAUUAAUAGAUUUUAUAUUACUUUCACUGCAAAUCGCUUCAAUAAUGUUUCAGCUAAUCACAACGGAUUUAAGCAUUAUGGUUGUUUUUUUAAUGUCUUUAUUCGGAUUGAUGGUCAUGCAAAUAUUCUGUUACUCGUGGUAUGCCAACGAAAUUAUGCAACAGAGUCUAGGCAUUGCAGAUGCAAUUGCCGAACACAAUUGGUACGAGCAAGAUGUUUCUAUCAGGAAGACGCUCUUGAUGAUGAUGAUGCGAGCGCAGAAACCCUUAACUUUGACAGUCGGCCCAUUUUAUGCCAUGACUAAUAGCACCUCCAUAACGGUUUUGAAGGCAGCGUAUUCAUAUGUAGCUUUGAUGACUAGAAAGAGAGAAUAGGUGUUAUUAUACGUCUAUUUAUUUAAUGAAUUAAUAUUAAACACAAAUACACUUUUUGUUGCAUGAACGUGCCCAAUAUGAAUAUCACAAAAUACACAAAUGAUAUUGUAGA